UAUUAAUUAUUAAGUGUUCAUCCACUUCGUAAGUGGUAAUUCGGUUUGUAAAGAAAUUGUAUAUAAUAUAUAAUAAAUGUUUACAUCAAAAAUCAAUAAAAUUUAUUUCUGUUAUUUUGAUAUUUUACAUAUUAUUUGAUCGUGCUUGAAGUGGACUGCUACUUAGUCAUGCAAUUUAAAUGUUUUGUGACUAUGAUACUUUAAUUUUGAUUGUAUUCAGCUAUUAAAUUUAAAUAUGAAUUUUUGGCGAGAAGCUUCUAGUGUAUUACUACUGACAAAAUCUUCUAAUAUAAAAAAUGUCUAUUGGGAUCCAUUCAAAAUACUGUGCAUUAAAAGAAGUGAAAUCAAUUCUUACUUACCUAAUUAUACAGUCUUUCCAGGGGGGACUGCAGAGAAAUCAGACUCUUCUCCAGAAUGGACAGAUAUUAUUCCAGAUUAUACCAACACUAAUUUCAAUUUCAAUAUAAUUGGCUUCAACGGUAGCCCGGCUAUUAAAUUUGUAUCUGAUAAUGAGCCAGGUUCUAUUCCAAAAUACCUAUCACUAAGAGUAACUGCUAUCAGAGAAACAUUUGAAGAAAGUGGUAUACUGUUGUGUAAAAAAAUGAACAGCAGUAAACCUGAAACUUGUGCAACUGUCCAUCAUUUGGAUAUUGAUAACAUUGACAGAUGGAGAAAAUUAGUUCAAAAAAAUGCAUCUAAUUUUAUAAAUUUAUGUAACGAAAAUAAUUGCUAUCCAGAUGUUGGUGCUUUGCAUUUAUGGAGUAACUGGUUAACGUCUCCACUACUAAAGACAAAAUUUGAUACAAAAUUUUUUCUUGCUUUUAUUGAAUCUCCAGUUAAUGCAAGUCCUGAUGGUGUUGAAACAUCUCAAAUAACAUGGAAUACACCAGAUGAAAUGUUAUUGAGAUUUGUUUCUGGUGAUGAAAAACUUGUAACUCCUCAAUAUUAUGAACUGUUAAGAUUAAGACAGUUUACAUCAUUCACAAAAUUAACAAAUUUUGCUUGCACAAGAAGUAUUGAAGGAUGUGAACAAAUAUUACCAAUGGUUAUUGCAACUAAAGAUGGAUACUUAACUUUACUCCCAGGAGAUGGCAAGUUUAAUAAUUCUGGAAAAUAUUUAGAAGUACAAUAUGAAUUGGAUAAACAUAUGCAAGACUUUGACUCUGAUGUGAUGCAUAGACUACAUCAUACUGAAGAAUAUUUACCAAAAAAAUUAAUAAUUAAAAACUAUACACCAAAGUGUAAACAUGUAUUGCCCACAACUCUACCUAUUUGUAAAAUUUGAAAAAUUAAGGUAUAUUAGUUUAUCAUUUGCUAAUAUAAUACGUCAGUAAUUAAUAUCUCGUUGACCAUAAAUGAUUUGCAAAAUAUUGUUUAAUGCUACCAAACUUUGAUCUCUAUUUAUCCUGAUCAAAUCAACCAAAUUUUUGUUUUUAUUUAUUGUUGUUAAUUACUGUAUUACAUUAUUUAGUUUUUAGUAAUUUUAAUCCUUGC